AUGUCUCUUACCAAGCUGGGCGUUUUCGCAAACCUGGCGCUGGCCGCCAGCGCCAUGCUUAUCCCCUCGACCAUGACUGCGGAGGAUCUUGGCGAUGAUCAUGCUUUCGAAACACUUGCCAUCAACCCACCGCAGCGGUCCGUAGCGUUAGAGUGUCCUGGCUGUGCUUUUGCGACUCGAGAAGGAGACUCUCUCAAGUGGAAGGCUAACGCUGGCAAUGCAUUCCGCCUGGAUUUUGACGUCGGAGCUGAUCAACAUUCUAUUAAACUCGACAACUACCAACUUUUCCCGCCUUCGUUCCGCCUUCCUUUCCAGCCCUAUCACGUUACUCAAGUCGGCCCUGGCUCCGAAGAGGGUCUGCGCCUGAGUGUCACCGGCUAUGAGUUCCGCUUCGACGGUUCAGAGACCAUCUCGGAAGCGGGUACUGAGCUCCUCCCCAUGUUGUUCCAAAUCACAUCCGUUGAGGGCACACCUGUCAACCCUCCAGCGCUCCAGAUCAAUGUGCUAAAGGACUUGGACGGCCGUCUCAUGAUUGCAUCCUUCAACGAGGCUCAGAUUCAGCCUAGCCAGGCCACACCAACGGAAAAUAACAAGGAGUGCAAGGAGUGGCCGCUCUACUGCAAAUGGAAGAGCAUUAUGGAGGACCGCAUCCAGCAGCUCAAGCACAUGGGUAGGCCCAAGCCCGGCUGCCACAAGCGACCACACCAUCCCGCACCUCAUCCCGGCAAGCCCAUGGAGCACGAUUCCCCUGUUGGCAAGCCGCCGCACCGAUUCUCCCGCCCCGGUAAGCCUUACCACGGGGGUCAGAGCCAUCACGGUCAUGUCCACUUCUCCACGGCCGCUCACCGUGCCUUCUUCACCGUCUUCGUUCCCAUUCUCAUCGGUAUCUUCGCCGGUACUCUCACAUACCUCGUCGGCAUGGCUCUGGGAUGCCUCAUCGCUAUUACUGUUGCCAAGGUCCGCGGUCAAAGCUACCAGCCUGUCGCCCUUGACGAGGAGUAUGCUGAAGAUGUCGAGGCAGCAGAAGACAGCGACGAGAAGGAGCCGCUUCCAGUCUACGAGGCUCCCCCAGUCUACGAAGAGGCUGCUGUCAAGGACGAUGAGACAAAGUAG